AUGAGCUACACCCCCGCCCUCUAUACUCCCAUGAGCUACACCCCCGCCCUCUAUACACCCAUGAGCUACACCCCCGCCCUCUAUACACCCAUGAGCUACACCCCCGCCCUCUAUACACCCAUGAGCUACACCCCCGCCCUCUAUGCUCCCAUGAGCUACACCCCCGCCCUCUAUACACCCAUGAGCUACACCCCCGCCCUCUAUACACCCAUGAGCUACACCCCCGCCCUCUAUACACCCAUGAGCUACACCCCCGCCCUCUAUGCUCCCAUGAGCUACACCCCCGCCCUCUAUACACCCAUGAGCUACACCCCCGCCCUCUAUACACCCAUGAGCUACACCCCCGCCCUCUAUACACCCAUGAGUUCAUACAAGCCUCGUGGAGAGCGUUAG